AUGAAAUUGAUAUCACUGGGAUUAAUUUAUACGCUGAUUUGUCUAUUUACUCCGAUAAACUCAUCCGCACUCACAACAACUAUCGACGCUGCUCAACGUAGCUGCUUCUACGCUAAUGUUGAUAAGAGAGGUGAAAAGAUUGGCUUUUACUUUGCAGUUCAAUCUGGCGGUGAUUUCAAUUUGGACUGGGAAGUACUCGAUCCAGAGGGACUAGGUGUCAUCCACGGCGAGAAGGAUAGACAGGGUGAUUUCAUUUUCACAGGUAAUAAGAUUGGAGAGUAUAAGUUUUGUUUCUACAAUAGACUUAGCUCGAUCGAAGAGAAGCUCGUUGACUUUGAUAUCCUGGUUGAAUCUGAACCCAGACAUCAACUUCCAAAGCACAGCAACGAGCUAAAGGAACACACUCAUAGCUUAGAAGAUAGCAUUUAUAAGAUCCAAGGUCAAAUAUCCACUCUCCAACGUAAUCAGAGGUACUUUAGGACAAGGGAGAAUAGGAAUAACGCCACAGUCAGUUCAACCAGGCGUAGACUCAAAACAUACGCUUUCUUGGAAGCACUGGCUGUUAUUUUCAUGUCUGCUGCUCAAGUCUGGAUAGUUAAAAACUUCUUUGCGACGAGUUCUGCGAGGUAUAAAGUGUGA